UAGUCGCGUGGCGUGUUUCUAAACUUCUUGUGCUUUGUCGAAGUGCAUUUAAGCGUUUAAACUCUUCUAUUGUGGGCAAAAUGGAAAUCAACAAACAAUCAUCUGUCGCUGACAUUAUUCUUUUUUUGAAAAACAACAAAUUGGAUGAAAUUGUCGAAGAUUUUAAAGCUAAUCAAGUCGACGGCGAGGAUUUUUUCAGUUUAGAACCACAUGAUAUUUAUGAGAUGAUUCCUCGAAUAAAACUUCACAAGAAGUUUACGUGUGUUUGGAAUGACGUUACUCAAAAGCUGAAAGCAGAGUUAGGACGUAUUUUGGAGAAGAGUGAUGUUGUGCAAGACAUGAAGGAACAAUGGAAUUUGCACAAAUAUAAAAUGCUGUCUGCUAUUAAAAAUACAAAGCAAAAGAAUGUCAGCACUAUCCUUGAAGAGCUGGAGGAUUGUCCAGUUGAAGAUGAGGAAGAGGUCAAGAACCGGUGUAUAAUGGCAUGUUUGCCUUUUGUGUUAGAUGACCAACGCACCCAUCAAGAUAUGAACAAAAAGCUAUUUUGGGACAUUGUUGAUGGUUAAAGAUUGGGGGAAGUUCAAGAGAUCAUUAACAAAAGUUCGUCUCCUAGACUCCUAUCAACAGGAACAUUAAGAAACAUUCAUUCAAUAAUGUUGGUGGCUGAGGGGAUGAUUGUGGCAAAGUUGAAAACAGAAAAUAUUGUCAACGCAGUUAUUAUUUUACUUAGUUCUUUUUAUACUUUUAAUGCUGAGUAUCCUAAAGGCGUUAAUGGACAUGGCAAAAUGUAUUUAUUCUUUUAGAACAUUUGCUUUUAAAUUAGUGGCAAUUGUAAGGCUCAAUUGCCAACUUUUGUCGAUAAUUUUAUUUCUUCUAUGAAGUAGAAAACUUUUGUAGUGUUAAUUAAUGGCAUGUAGUAGAGGUUUUAAGUAUUCUGUGUUUGCAAAAAUGUGCUAUUUCUAA